AUGUCGGUCUUUGCUCGUUCUACCGUCUCUUCCCUCGCUAUUGCAGUCCCGAUUUGUCGAUGCCGAGCGUUCUCGACGUCGUCUGUCCUCCAGACCGCGCCACGCCGCACCCGAGACCUCUCAUCGAGCUUCUCCAACACAUAUGACCCGGACGAAGAAGGGCGGGGGCCCAUGUUCAAUAAGAGUACAUUCGGCGUACCGCAGUUCUACCCGAGGGACCUCAAGAAGCGCGUGGAUGAAUACGUCGUGGGACAGGACCGAGCCAAGAAGACGAUAUCGUCCAUCAUCUUCAACCACUAUCAGGGGGUGCGAAGGCGGCAUCACCAGGAAGAGCAGGAACGCAAGCGAGAGGAGAAGAUGAUGCGGCGGAAUGAGGCACGGGAAAGGCUAGCGCGCGAGAGGGACCCUAUGCACCCUGUCGAAGGUUGGCAUAAAGAUCCUCCGUUCCAUUGGUUCGGGACUGACGAGAUGUCCAAAGACGAGUUCCCGGGCCACAACGAGUCGGUCCAGCAUACCCAUCAUAGUACAUGGCAGUUUGACGAGCAGGAGAUUGAAUACUACAUACCCGAAGACAAAAACCGGCCACAGCACGUUAAAAUUGACAAGAGUAAUCUGUUGUUAAUAGGUCCCACCGGCGUAGGAAAAACGUAUAUACUUGAGACUUUAAGCAAGAAAAUCAACGUCCCUUUUACGAUAUGCGAUUGCAAUUCCUUCACGCAAGCCGGGUAUAUUGGCCAAGAUGUCGAAACAUGUAUCGAGCGCCUCCUCAUCGAAGCCAACUACGAUAUCAAAGCAGCCGAGCACGGAAUUGUCGUCCUUGAUGAGUUCGAUAAGAUCGCGAAACGCGAGACCAUGAAUGGACGGGAUGUAGGUGGUGAGGGUGUACAGCAAGCACUGCUCAAGCUCGUCGAAGGCACGAAAGUUACGGUCAAUGUCAAAGACAACCGUUCGGCUGCAUCCUCUCGCUCCGCAAGCCCCAUAACGACCAACUAUUCGGGACCGGGCUCAUCGUCCUCGACAUCAGGCCCCCAGUCAGCCCCGCCUCCCUCUGGCAAGGUGGACCAAUACACCAUCGACACGACGAACAUUCUCUUUGUCAUGUGUGGGGCUUUCGUAGGGCUAGACAAAGUAAUCCUCAAUCGUGUGUCCAAACCCAGUAUGGGAUUCGGCUCAGAAUUGCGGAGUCGCAGUUCGAAUAGCAAGACCCCGGACUUGCCUCCGGAACUGUUCAAGGGCCUCCCACACCACCCUCCAAACGCCACCAAUACAUCAGCUCUCACGGCACUAGAUCUCGCUACCCCGGAAGAUUUGCAGGGGUUUGGGUUCAUCCCUGAGCUCAUCGGCCGUGUCCAUAACAUAGUGGCCCUCACACCGCUCUCCCAGAGCGAUCUCCUGCGUAUUCUCACAGAGCCCCGCAAUAGCUUGGUGGCUCAGUACACGGCGCUCUUCGAGACCUACCCCUCCCGCCUCUACUUCACUCAGAAGUCUCUGAGAGCGAUCACUGAGCGCGCCGAGAAGUCCCAAACAGGGGCUCGUGGCUUGAAGAUGGAGAUGGAGCGCGUGCUGGCCGAGGCCAUGUUUGACGCCCCAAUGUCGUACGUGCUGGUCACCGAUAAAGCGGUCCGGGGCCAGGAGAAGGUAGGGUACUGGGGCAAGGACGGCCGGAUGGAGGUCGAGAGAAUGGUGAACGAAGAGGAUGGGAUCAUAGAGCAUUCCGGCGCUGGCGGGAGGGAAGUCAUUAGUGGAGCGGGGUUUGAGGCUUAUAGGGAGGCGGGACAGAGUGGUGCUUAG